CAGCAGAGGCGCAGAAGGAGACUGCGAGGCGAGCAGGGAAUCGAACGCACACGAAAAAAACAAAAAAACAACAACAAAAAAACACUCCAAACCAGAAGGCCCCCUCCUCCUCCUCCUCACCCUCCUCCUCCUCCUCCUCCCAUCCUUGGACACACCCUGCCGAGGAUCACUGCUUCUCCGCUCUACAAUAUUUUCAUUACCGCCCUCCACCAUCGGAGAGAACGCUCCUCUCUUCCACCUCCGCCAUCCUGCAGAGAAAACCCCUUCUCCUUCUUCUUUUCAUCCUAUAGAGGACCACAUAACAACCUCCAUAAGCUGAGACCCCCCCCCCACCCCCCGUCAGGCCCCAGUUUGUAUUUUUUUUUAUCUUUUUUUUUUUCAUUUUUGGAACUCCAGAGGGGGGCCGUGCGAGCAGAGCACCGAACGACCGCCGCCGAGCUUCCGCAGAAAAGAGGGACCUAGAUUUCCUUGCCGUUGCGCGUCAAGAAUGGUUACUCAGAUAAUCAGCACCAUGGAAACCCAGGUGUCCAACGGUCCGAGCGGAACCAGUCUGCCCAACGGCCCAGUCAUCAGCACCAAUGGCGCCACGGACGACAGCAAAACCAACCUGAUUGUCAACUACCUGCCCCAGAACAUGACGCAGGAGGAGUUCAAGAGCUUGUUUGGUAGCAUCGGGGAGAUUGAGUCCUGUAAACUGGUCAGGGACAAGAUAACAGGUCAGAGUUUGGGGUACGGCUUUGUCAACUACGUGGAUCCAAACGACGCGGACAAGGCCAUCAACACACUAAAUGGUCUCAAACUACAGACUAAAACAAUCAAGGUCUCAUAUGCUCGGCCAAGCUCGGCUUCUAUCCGUGACGCAAACCUUUACGUCAGUGGACUACCCAAGACCAUGAGCCAGAAGGACAUGGAACAGCUCUUCUCCCAAUACGGUCGCAUCAUCACGUCUCGCAUUUUAGUGGACCAAGUUACAGCAGGCAUAUCACGGGGAGUGGGCUUCAUCCGGUUUGACAAACGAAACGAAGCAGAGGAGGCCAUCAAGGGCCUGAACGGACAGAAGCCUCUGGGCGCUGCCGAGCCCAUCACUGUCAAGUUUGCCAACAACCCCAGCCAGAAGACGGGCCAGGCCUUGCUGACUCAGCUGUAUCAGACCGCUGCCCGACGCUACACGGGGCCCCUGCACCACCAGACGCAGCGUUUCAGCGUGAUCCCUUCUCUCGGAAAGGGACCAGAUCCAAAUAACAGCUCAAAACCCAUACUCGACAAUUUACUAAACGCCAGCUACGGAGUCAAGAGUUCUCCCACUCUCUUCCCCAGAUUCUCACCAAUCACCAUCGACAGCAUGACCAGCCUCGCCGGCGUCAACCUCACAGGUCCCACUGGAGCCGGCUGGUGCAUUUUCGUGUACAACUUGUCGCCCGAGGCGGACGAGAGCGUCCUGUGGCAGCUCUUCGGACCAUUCGGCGCCGUCACCAAUGUCAAGGUCAUCCGUGACUUUACCACCAACAAAUGUAAGGGCUUCGGUUUUGUCACCAUGACCAACUACGACGAGGCGGCAAUGGCCAUCGCGAGCCUCAACGGCUACCGCCUGGGCGACCGCGUGCUGCAGGUUUCCUUCAAGACCAGCAAGCAGCACAAGGCCUGAGAGAUGGGCCGCUGGCGCCACACCUUUGACCUGCACAGGGGGCUACCUGAGCCCUCUGUGCCAUCACUUUAUAUAUGGGCCUGGACUGAGUCUCUCUCUGACGCUUUCGCACACAAAUCCACAAUAUAUAAUCGCAAAACACAAACAGACACACGUGCAAACACAUAUCGACACACAUGACCAAACCUAUCCAUAGGCAAGCAUCCACAGGUCAGAGUUUCAAACAAACACACUAGUGGAGUUUUUCUGUUCUCUUUCCACAACAUGCUAGACCUUCCCUGCCUUUGCCUGGAUUGAAUUAGAAGGGGUACGUAGCUGGUUUGUUGGGUUAGGGGUUAAGAGCUAUCUAUUUAGGAGACAGUCUAACGAAUGUGACAAAGAAUGUGUACUGAGUGCUUUGAUUGAAUUCAGGCAAAUGAUGGCGACUGAUGAACAAAAGAAAAAAAGAAUAGCGAUCAAAAUUUCUAACGAAUAUGUGCAAUUUACCCAAAACUUUUACCCAAUCACAUCUGCCAGUAUCGUGCUGGAGAGGAUGUAGUCACUUUUUUUUACACUUGGGCAUUUUGAAUCAGUGACUUUUUUAAGAUCAAAGAAAAUGAAAUUAAGACAGUGUUCUCUUAUAUACGUCUAUCAAAAAUAUAACUAUAUAUUCAAUAUAUAAGGUGGUAAUAAUAGCCGAAUAUGUAAGCAUUUUCUAAAAACGUUGACUACUGUUUCCUGACCUGCUUUAGGCGGUGCCGAGUGUAAAGGCAGUUUCUCUUCCCCUAUGCGAGCUUGUUUGCGCCGACCCACUGCCUUUUAAGUGAGCUUGUGAAUCCGGCCGGGAACUGGAAUUAAAAAUUAGUCUGAGGGCAUUCACAAAUCCUCCCCACUGUCACUCCAAACACCGAGCUAGUAUACCUAACACAAGUCCACGAGAGCAAAAUGAUUCCUAAUCGAUCCUCAGAGUGGAUGAAACAGAAGCAGACUGUCAAGUCAAAGCUAAGUAGCAAGUGGAUACAUUAGGAUCUCUCUGAUGGGCUUGUGACUGAUUGUCAGCUCAACAAAAAAGUUUUUUUUUUGCUUUUUCACAUCGCUUCAAUUGCAUCUGUGCAUAAUUUGGCAUGAGAUGCUUCAAGCGACCAAAACAUUGGGGGGGGGGGGAAAGAACCUAAACCACAUAUCGUGACACAAUGGUUCUUGCUGGAACGCUACCAAAACCUGAGACAGCCCAUGUGAUCAGGCUAAUAAAGUAAUCGUAAAGUUACAACAGAAAAAUUAAGAUUGGGAUUGACCAAUGACUUGGCAGGUCUGCAUAGAUAUAACACGCUUGCAAAACCUUGAGAGAUUGAGAACCGUUAUUAUUUGCUGACAUCCUAAAGUUUAGUCUACUCUGUUAAAACAGUCACUGAGAACCGAAGCUCCAAAUAAAAGGACCAAACAUUGACUGCAAGCAUUGUUAAAGACUAUCCCUCGACAUCAAAGAUUAAGUCAUCCCUGAAGCUUUGACCGAUGCUUCUCGCUUUUAUUUCUAAACCUCCUAUCAAACAACUCGGCGGAUUCUUGAAGCCGCUGAACUCCCGCCCUCGCAAAAGAAAACUGAGCAACAUCAAGCCGGAAAAAAAGUAAUCAGAUUUGAGCUUCUGUCUAAAACAGAGGAUGGAAUUUCAUUUCAUUGCUUCUCAAAAUAUCUCUAACCCAGUGCCGUGGAAUAUGUUUACGGCACCCUUGAUGGAACAUUAAAGCCCACCCGUCUUACCUGAAGUGUCUGUCGCACAGUAGACGAGAGCUCUACAAUGGGGAGGGGAUAAUGUCUUUCGAUAUCUGCACACGAUCACAGAUUAAAUAGGGUCAACUAUAUUCAAGACAUGUUUGCUUUUUGCUUUUCUAAAUGACGCUGUGUUAGCCAAAGAGGACGAUCUCUUUGAAAGGAUUACAUUAGAGAUAAAUCUAUUUUUAUACAUACAAAGGAACAAGACCUUGUGCUGAAUUUUUACAGAUUCUUAAACUUGGGGGAAAAAAAAUUGGGACAUCGCAUGUCUUUAUUUUAAACCCUCUGAUGUUUGCAGCGCGAGGGGGUGGGUGGGGGGGAGAGCAUGCGGUGUACGGGUGGGGAUCUAGGGAACGGGCACAGGAACACUGUAUCGCACACAGCAACUUAAACUGCUCGACCGUGACUAACGUUUUGGAGACAAACUUGACAGUUCCGAAAAACAGAACAGAAUCUGACGUAAAAAAAUAGGUCAAGCUGAACCGUUAGUUGUAUGACACACGCAUCUAUACUUCAGACACUCUUGUGCUGAACUCGUGUACAGUGUUGCUUCGUGUUGGCUCUUUAACUUGUAAAUCCCAGAUGAAAAAAAAGGGGUUGCGGUGAGACCAUCUCAUUGCUCAGCUGACAAACUGAAUAGCUGCUUGCAACGCAAAAAAAAAAAGACGACGCGUAGAUUCGAAAUGACAAUAUGCGGCCUUGUGGUAAACACUGAGCACCAGUGCUUAGAUAGAGUUGAUUUUUUUUUUUGCCAAAGAGUUUGCUUUGCAAGUCAGUGAAACUUUAAUAUAUCACCCAACCCCCCCGCCCCCAUUAAUUGCUGUACAAAUCUGUUAUUUAUGGCGUCUUUAAGACCCUCUCCGCAAUUUCAGUUCUUAGUUUUGAACAUCUCCGCCGCACAUAUCAUUUGUGGAUCCUAAAACCAACCAAGCUCCAAUAUUAUGUUGAAACAUCACAGCAGUGAGCAAAUCCCAUUUGAACACAUUUCACCCAAACACCGACUGCUAAAAAUGCAUAUCAGAAACAAACCAUGAAUCAUAUCACCUCUUGAUAAAGGGAAGCAUUGGAUACAGUAUACCUCCCCCGACAUUUCAAAACUGAUUUUAUCCAGAAAAAUCACUGCACCGCUUCAAAUACUUAAUCUAGCAUUCGUCGAUCUCACUGCUGUUGCUUAACACGAGAAAUACAGCUAUUUUCAGCCGGGCAUUAGCGCCCGAAUACCGAGUACGUUGUUAGGGAGGCUGAGAUUGGAGACCUCAAAUGUAUUGCAGUCCACCCAAAAAAAAAACCAGAAUGACCUUUCAUACGCACUCUACUCAAAGACCACCCUCACUCAUAAUGUACAGAAGAGAGCCGAGGAACAGGAAACGGUACCACACACACACACACACCGCUCGAGCGACAACAAUAAUCAUGUUUAAAAAAAAAAAGACAAAAAAAAAAAAACUUUCCUAUGGAACAGUAAGUGCAAUGUGCUUUGUUUUUAUAUUGACUGAGAACAAAUGAUAUAUAUUUUUUAAAAAAGAAAUUAAACGUCACACUGAAAAGGUUUGCGGAAUAGCGACAGGAACAAACAAGUAAAAUGAGAUCAGACGACCAACGGCGCUCGGAUGAGCCGGCUCGUUAGGAGAACUCAAACGAGAGCUCUGAUCUGGAAAUUUCCAUAACGACCUCCUCAGCCCCCUAAUUUGUGCUCUGACCAUGCAAGCUCAAACGCUCCGACCGAAUAGAGCAAUCCUCAGUGACCUUGAAAGGAAUACUGUCUAAUAGAUCAUCAUUUUUUAGCCCAUGUCGACUGAAUAUCGUUUUUUUUUCCUCUUGUAAUUUAUUGAUUUUAAUUGCAUAUCAGGACUCUCUUGUUAAAUGAGUGUAUUUGUGUUGUUGAUGUUGCCAUAGAGAACACAUAUGGGUCAAGAUUAUGUUUGGUUACAUUGAUUGGGUACGGUUUUUUCUUUUUCCUCCAUUAUCUGAUUAGUUGCAGUUUUUUAAAGUGAUAUGCCGAUUUUAGACUUAGUUAGAUUCUUUUCGUUCAAUCAAACUGUGUUCGAUUGUGUUUGUAAAAGUCUGUGGUAGCUUUUGUUGCAACAUAAAAAUAAUUUAAACAGAAAAAAUUCAAAAUAGCGCCAACAAACUUGUAUUAUUUGGGCGACUUUAAGCUUGUAGUUUUAACUUAUUGUUAACUUAAAAACUAUUUAUUAUUAUUAUUAUUAUUGCCUCGUAUAAAGUAUGUUUUGUGUAUAUUUAUGGUUUAUUUCGUUAUAUUUGCAAGGUUAAAAGAUUUUUAAGUUUUUUGCCAAAAUUGUGGUUACACCAUUUCGUUUCUUGGGAAAGAAAAAAAAAAAAAAAACGGGGGGACAACUAGAAAAAAACAACUCUAGAAGUUUUGAUUUGGAAAACGUUCUCCAUAGUCAAAGAAUGCACUGCUAUAUUUAACUAAUUGAAGUGUAUAAACAUACAUGCUGUGUGCUAGAUGUUAUGCCUUUACUGCCUGUGUUCUGUUUGUCUUGUUCAAAUGAAAAAUCCUCUUAAUUAUUUAACCUAAUCACAGUCUUGUUUUUUGUUUUUUUUCAACCACUCAGCCAGCCCCUGAGACAAGGGACAGCCCCCCCCCCCCCCAAUUUCACUUUGGGCAUUGAUCCAGAAGAUGGGGGCGGGGUUGUCCCUCACAAGAUGCUUUCCUGUUCAUGCUUCUCUAAAAUGGGGACAUUAGGGAAUAUUUAUAAAGAGCUGCUACAUCAAUUUGUGCAAGCAGAAUGUUUUGUUUUUGGCCAAAAAUGAGCAGGGAAGCGAGUCAAGAGCUUGGUUAUUGCUGAUGAAUGACAAGCAGCAGGAAGCUCUUGUUGUUUGAAGGGGCGAGUGGUUCUUCUGUUUCUCAACCAACUGUAUUUUGUGUCUAUUUAUUUAUUUAGAGGGGACGCAGUAUAUUAUUAUUAGUGAUGUUUUUUCUUACAUUUUUCCUGGAACGGUAGAACAAAAUCAAAAAAAAAAAAAGGUGAAAACGAUCAAAAGUAGUGGAAUACAAACACUCAUACAUACUUCCAGACAUGACCAAACGAGCAAUGAGAAACAAAACAAAAAAAUUCAAGUAAAACCUUUCAGUUUAGUUUAGGAUAUUUACUACUGGGAUUUCAGCUGAAGACGCUUGAAGACUUUUUCAUGGAAUUGUUUAAUUAUUUGUACUUUACAUGCCAGAAAAAAUAAAAGUUACAAAUAUGA